CACAGUUUGGCGGCCCUUCGCCGAGAGAGGGCCCAGUUCGUGUGAGGACGCGCGACGGGUGAAGUGACCGCGAGUGCUAGUUUUUGAACGAUUAUUUAUUUUUUUAUUAUUUUUUAAUUGGCCGAUUUUGUAAACGGCAUGUUCACGAUCCGCACCAAGUGAAAUAACAACAUCAUGUCAGUGCCAGGCUACUCUUGGAUUUGUGUAUCUGUGAUCUUAAUUAUAGGAUUCCAUCAAGGAAAUGGACUUGAUUGGCAAAGUCAGACACCUUCAUCCGCCGCAUCAACCAAAGCACCUGGACUGAGCUGGGGGAGUCAUGCGCCAUCUGAGACGGAAUGCCGACCAUACAUUGAGAGAGCCUUAAAGGACCUAGAAGCCCCACACGAUCCUUCAGUGUCCGUAGAGGAGACUAGGAACGUUCAGAAUGAUUCAAACGAAAAUGCAGACAGCCAGGAAGGAGGCACGGGAGAAAUUUCAAGCUCUGAAGCUGAAACUCAUCCGGUGGUAGAUGAAACCGUAGCAGAGAGUUUGGAAAACAGCUUAGGGGCCGAAAGCACAGAAUCGGCUGAGAGUGAACCUGCCCUUGCUCCGGCAGAAUUACCAACUACCGAAGAUCAUUCAGAAACUGUAACUAGUGAUGAACACACAGAAGCUGAAAUUGUGAGCCAAGAAGAAGCUUCACAAGCAGAGAGCACUGAAAGUGUUGAAAACACGGCAGAAAAUCUUCAGAGCACGGAGACCAUCGAAGUGGAAGACAAAGAGAGUACAAGUGUAGAGACUGAAACCGUUCUAGAGAGCUCUGAAACUGAGACUGAAACAAAAAUUGCAGAAUCUCAAGAAGCAGUGGCAAGCGAAGUGACAGCAUCAUCGGAAAAUCAGGAGGAGUCAACUGAAACUGCAGAGAAGGCUGAAAGCACAGAGGUCGCUCCAGAAAGCGAGGAAGUCGUGUCAAACCCCGUUGAAUCAACAGAAACAGAAGAAGCUAGUGUUGAAGUUCCCGUAGAGGUUGUGACGGUGCCUGAAGCUUUGCCAGAAUCGCAAGAAAGCUCUGGUGAGGUCGUUACGGAACCAGAAAUUGGAAAAUCUGAAGAGACCAACUCCUUGGAGACAGAAUCAUCAGAGGAGACUAAACAGGUGGAGCCGGAAUCCAUAGAGGUGAAACAUGAUGCGCAAUCGGCUGAGGUAUCGACUGAAGCUCCACCCAGUGCACCCACAGAAAGUAAAGAAUCAACCGAGGAAAGUGCAGAGCUCACAAGUAAAAACACAGAAUCAACAGAAGAAAGCACAGAAGCUCCUGAGGAAGAAGAAUUGACGAUGGAUAUCGAAAUUCCGAAAAACUUACGACCACGCGACCAUAUCGCUCAAAUUUUGAAACUCGAUUCAGAAUCGAACGAAACAGAAGUUGCUUUAAGUAAAGUUGCAGAUAAUACGCUGAAAGAACUGAAGAGACUGUAUGACACCGCCAUCAAACCGCUCGAACUGCUGUACAAAUAUCGAGAUCUGAGCAACAGGCACUUCGGAGAUCCAGAGAUAUUCUCAAAGCCUUUGGUUUUAUUCAUGGGCCCAUGGAGUGGGGGCAAAUCAUCAAUGAUCAACUACUUGUUGGACAAUGAGUUCAAAAAAACUGCUCUAAGAACAGGAGCAGAGCCAUCUCCAGCAUACUUCAAUAUUCUCAUGUGGGGUGAGGAAGAAGCAGUUUUAGAUGGAACUCAGCUUGCUGCUGACUGGACAUUCUCUGGACUGCAGAAAUUCGGUCAGGGUCUCCUUGAUAGACUUCGCGGUCUCAGGUUGCGAAAGCCAUUGCUGGAGAAAGUAAAUAUUGUGGAGAUACCCGGUAUUUUGGAAGUACGAAAACAAGUCGAGAGAAUGUUUCCUUUCAAUGACGCCUGUCAGUGGUUCAUUGACAGAGCAGACAUCAUCUUUUUGAUCUAUGAUCCAUCAAAAUUAGAUGUUGGUCCGGAAACAGAAGCCAUUUUAGAUCAGCUGAAGGGUCGUGAGUACCAGACAAGGAUCAUCCUAAACAAAGCAGACCAGGUGAAACCAGAGGAACUUAUGAGAGUUCAAGGAACUUUGAUCUGGAACAUCAGUCCACUCAUGUCAAGCCCGGAGCCGCCGAUCAUGUACUCAACCUCUCUCUGGUCUCUACCUUAUGAGGCAGGGACUCCAACGAGACUGCUCUUUGCGCAAGAACGUGCUUUUCUACAGGACUUGAGGCUAGCUAUUGAGAAAAGAGUAGAGAACAAAAUUGCUAGUGCACGUCGAUUUGCAGUGCGAGUGCGAAAUCACGCGAAAAUGGUGGACUGUUACCUUACAACCUACUACAAUCACAAAUCUUUCUUCGGUAACCGCAAGAAAAUAGCAGAGGACAUUAUUGAGCACCCACAAAAUUACCAUAUCUAUGAAGGCCUGAGUACGCUGACAAACAUUUCUCGCUAUGAUCUCCCAGAUCCGGAAGUGUACCGGGAUUUCUUCCGUUUGAACCCUGUCUACGAGUUCCAACGCCUAUCUGACACAUGCACGUACUUCAGAGGAUGCCCUAUUAAUAGGCUCGAUGUAGCUAUUGCAUACGAUCUACCCGAACUCGUCGGACGGUACAAGAAAGCAGUCGACUCUGUUCUAGCCCAAACAGCCAAAAAACCAAAAAGUUGAGACUCUGGCUAGAUAAACCGAUCAAAGAAUUAAAGAUACGCAAAAGGUAUAAACAAGCAGGUAAACAUAUUUUCCCUCGUCAUCACAAAGAAAGAAGUUCAGUACUUGAUAACUGGCAAAAUCACCCACGAUUUUUUUUAAAAAGUCAAAUAUAAAAAAUAUGGAAAAAAGUGGAAUAAAAAAUUUAAUUUAGCAUGGAAAAAUGAUAAGAGAUUGUUGAGCUACAAAAUCGGGCAAAGUAAUGCUACAUUUACCUACAAAUAAACACGAAAAGAAAUAAAAAAAUAUUAUUCAUAGUUGAUUCCUAAUUCAACACUGGGAUCAUCUGUUAAUAAGAUAUUAUUUGUGAGUCUCUUUCAUUUUUGGAUGGUUUCAGUCACUUUGAAGACACACAUGCGGGAUCAAAAGCAAAUAAAAGGGGGUACAGGUUGAUUUUUUCUUUUAGACAAUCGAUCCUUUUACCAUAAGUACGUUUUUUGUGAGUGACAUCACCUUUCGAUACAAUUUCUAGUUGAGGUGUAGAUUAAUAUCAUAAAUUAAUUUGAAUUCCGACAAAACUGAUAAUAAAGGUGAUCAAAUGAAGUAAAUGAGCUGCUGUUCUAGAGUUUAUAUGUAAGAAACAAAUUUGUAAAGGCUACGUAGGAGCUUCAUAAUUUAUUGACAUUUGAGACUCAGUAUUUUAAAAUGUUUUCUUUCCCUUUUGCGUACAUCUUUGAAGUUAUUAUGAUCGUCCGAUUUAAAAAAAAAAAAACUCUUCAAAUGCU